UACUGCGAAAUCAGCGCAAGCCAUUUAGUGAUAGCGGUGCGCCGUGAACAGGACCUCUUUUGAGAGCGAUCUUCGAGCAGCUGGCAGUUUGAAAUCAGCCAACAGUUUGUGGAUUUUUGUUUAUUUUAAAAGCUAACCUUUGUGGAAAAGUGUGAUCGUGAUCGUGACUGAGGAGAGAUAGCAAAGGUUCUGUUCUGUUUGGAUGAUAGUAAAAGUGUUCUUUCCGAAAGGUGUGCUUUUAAGCGUGUGUUCAAACAGACUGUGAUUAGCUACGCGGUGUGAGAUGUUGGGCGGUGUGUUGUUGUGAAAUGGUUGGUCACAUAUUUCGUGUCAGUUGAUAAGAGAGCUCCGUCGCGUCCGGCAAGAGAGAAAAGUGAACAGGAAAAGUGAACAAGAUCUUCUCGCGGCUCGUGUAAAUGAAACGGUGUACAGCAAAAAUGUCACCCAUUUGGUUGGUCUUGUUUAUGCUUACAACACCGAAUCUACUAGCAGAUGGCCACGAUGACACUUUCUUUCAGACGCUUUUCGAUGAAACCAGCGUCCUGUUCAACAAUGGUACACCCCGCAUACCGGACACGAAGGCUUUCCGGAAGGAGUACGAUUUUAUCAUCAUCGGUGCCGGUUCGGGUGGAUCCGUGAUGGCCAAUCGAUUGUCGGAAGUACGGGACUGGAACGUGUUGUUGCUGGAGGCGGGCAAGGAAGGUAACAUGCUGACCGAGGUACCGCUGACGGCUGGCCUGACCACCAUUACAGGUUACAACUGGGGCUACAAGGCUGACCCAAUGAAGGGUGCCUGUUUAGGGCUGAAGGGAGGCGUCUGCAAUUGGCCUAAAGGGCGCGGUCUCGGCGGCACCAGUCUCAUUAACUUCCUCAUCUACACACGCGGUCACCGGAGCGAUUACGACGGUUGGGAGCAGGCGGGCAACCCUGGCUGGGGCUAUCGUGAGGUGCUGCAGUACUUCAAGAAGUCGGAACGUGUGCAGAUUCCCGAACUUCGACACUCCCCGUACCGUUCUACGGCGGGGCUGGUCGACGUGGAAGAGUCUCAAUUUGAGACACCCCUGUUGAAGCGGUUCAUUGAGGCGGGUCGUGACCUCGGGUACAUGGAGACAGAUCCGAACGGGGAAAUUCAACUCGGUUUCGGUAAAGCACAAGCGACCAUGCGCAGAGGACGUCGAUGCAGUGCGUCCAAGGCUUACCUCGUACCGGCCUCAAGACGUCCCAACCUGGACAUAUCAAUGUACUCCCGCGUCACCAAAGUGCUGAUUGAUCCGGUAACGAAGCAAGCGUACGGUGUGGAGUUCAUCAAGCGUCGACGGCGGUAUGUGAUAAGGGCGCGCAAGGAAGUGAUCCUGGCGGCGGGUGCUAUAGCCUCGCCGCAGCUGUUGAUGCUGUCCGGUGUCGGCCCCAGGGAGCACCUGAAGGAGAUGGGCAUUCCCGUGGUGCAGGAUCUACCGGUAGGGUAUAACAUGCAGGACCAUUUGAAUCUGCCAGGGUUGGUGUUCCCGGUGAACCAACCGGUGACGGUGCGGGAACGAGACAUGCGUUCGCCGCGCCCCAUUAUCGACUAUCUGGUACAUGGCCGAGGUCCAUUCACCUCUCCGGGCGGUGCGGAGGGUGUCGCUUUCGUAAAGACUAACAUUAGCUUCACGCCCUCUGAUUAUCCGGACAUUGAGCUGGUCAUGGGCACAGGUGCUUACAACAACGAUGAGUCGGGUACGCUGCGGGCAACGAUCGGCUUUACGGACCAGUUCUACCACAGCACCUACGGCUCGAUCCUCGGAAAGCACGCGUUUUCGGUCUCACCGGUUCUGAUGCGGCCGAAGAGUCGUGGUCGAAUCUCGCUCAAAAGCACCAACCCGUUCCAUUGGCCCCGCAUGGAGGGUAACUUCUUUGCGGACUAUGACGAUCUGCUCGUGCUGCGGGAAGGCGUCAAGUUGACGGUCGAUCUGAUCGAAUCUCGCAGCUUCCGUGACGUUGGGGCACGGUUGCACAGUACACCGUUUUACGGCUGUGAGCAGCAUCGCUUCCGAAGCGACGAGUAUUGGGAGUGUGCCAUCAGACGUAUCGGUAGUACGUUGCAGCAUCAGUGCGGUACGUGCAAGAUGGGACCUGUGACCGAUCCGGAAGCGGUCGUCAAUCCACAGCUGCAGGUGUACGGCAUCAAGGGGCUGCGUGUCGUCGACGCCUCAAUCAUACCAACCAUACCGGCAUCGCACACCAACGCAGUGGUGUUUAUGAUCGGCGAGAAGGCGGCCGACAUGGUGAAAGACUUUUGGGCCAACGAAAUACGCUAACCAUCGCUGGUGUCGGCGAGACCUUUUCUCACUCUCUAGUCAACUUUGAUCGCCGUUUUGCCCGGUGAUCGUAGCACAGUCCCGGCGAAGGUGUCGGAGCACACGCACGCACGUCUCGCGAGUUGCUUGCGUGCACAAAUCUUCCCUCGUUUCUGCCCUGCCCAUCUUCUCUUCCCAUGAAAGAGUUGCCAACCGAGCGUUCGGUGUAGAAUUAAGCAAAAUAAAGAGACUGCUCUACUGUAAACAAACGGUAAUAAACGGUUUCCACGCCGGGCGCGUUUAUUUGCGUAAGCGAUCUGAUCGACUUUCCCCAAAUCGAGUAUCUAGACGUUGUGUGGGAAUGGAAGCGCUGUUAGGGUAGAAAAAUCGGUAAGCAAAUGAGAAACGCGUGGCGUAGUGGCCUUGCCCGAUGACAUUAGAAUUCAUACGCGAGUGGGUAUGUGUGUAUUUGUCUGUUUUUAGUAUAUUGCUUUCCGAAUGAAACGCGGCCAAACUCGCGCUCUAGUAAAACGACCAGCGCAGCGGGUUGUUGUGUUGGUUGCAAGAAAUAAGGUUACAAGACGCAUAACGGCUGUGUGUUAUCCGUAACCGUUGUCCUGGCGCAUGCGAUCCAUCGUAAUGAUGCAUGCCGUUGUAACUGUUGUCGGCGAUUGUCGGGUGAAUGGUUCUUGCAAAACCAACCGGGUCGAGUAAAUAUUUUGCUUCUGCCAAUAAUUACGGCUCGUUAGCAAUAAUCACACUCUACGUUGAUACACUGGGUGCAUAAAGGAAAUGACACAUAUCCAUCAAUGCCAUACUGAAAGAAGGUUGGGGCACAUUGCCAAGGCAGCGCAUACUCGACAUUUCGUGAACAUGUUACUGCAUCGCCGACUAUUAUACACGAAUGGCGUUUUUUUUCAUUCCACCGGUGGGUGUGUAUCAACAUCCGACACCGGAAAAUGGGAGAAUUUUCGCACACCACCACAAAUAGCUGCCACUUUUCGGACCAUUUCCCGAGCGAUGCGUGUGAACUGUCAAAACAAACACCGGACCCCACGAAGACGGUGGCACGAAACAGCUGGAGCCGAGUUUUCCCGAGCGCGCAGGUUUUCCGACAGUUUUCCUGCUCGGCGGGGGCGAAGAAAGCCUACAGCUGACGGUAUAGUAACGAUUUGCCACUGGCACCGAGCGGUGUGUGAGUGCUGUGCGUAUUCGAUGGUAGUAGGCGCGUUAGUAUCUCUAGUGAACGCGGGAAUUCAAGACAUUCUUUGUCCAUUAGAGUCGGUGGUUCGAUAGACGUUAUGGAUUUUAGGUGCAACCAGGGCAGUGGAAAUAAAAGUUGAUUACCGGCAAAGGAAUUGGGUGCCUGAGUGAGUAAUUGUGUGUCAGUGUGUAUGACCCUGUGUGUGCGAGUGUUGCGUUUUCGAAAUUAUACCGAAAAAAAGGAUGAAAUAAUGUUUCCCCUUCACUUGCUCUAGAGCAAGCUACCCACUCCGUUCGUGUUGGGAAAGUUUUACUUCUAAUUGUGUUAGCAGCGAACACCUGCCCCGCCGUGGUUGAAAGGGAAAGAAAGUUGUGUGUGCUGUAGUCCCAUGUAGUGAGCUUGAAUAUCACAUAGAAGGGUUUCGUAGUUUUAAAAGUGUUCUGUGUAUCAUUGGCGAUAUCUAGUCUCGAUCGACAGUGCACGUUGGUUUUGGGAGGGUGUGAGAUUAAGGGACAUGAAUUGAUGUUCGUGGUUGGUAGUACCGUGCCACAGGUGAUGAAUGUUUAAUCAGCAGGCAUUUGCCAUACAGCUCAACUUCACAUGCUGGUAAGAGGACCAGAGCAUAACACGUCUGGCUUGAAGAGUAGCGUCGGAUAUCGACUAUUACAGAUCACUUGUCCACCCUAUCACUCGACGUAUAGACCUGGCUGCUGGCACGCUCGACCGGCAAAACGCUCAGCGCGGCCCAGUGUGGCAGUAAUAAUUGAAGCGAACGAAUAAUCAUUCAUCAUCGGUGUGGAAGCCUGCACACCCAGAGAGAGGCGACGUAGAGCAGGCUAUAAAAAAAACCCCAACGACAACAGUCCCGCACCCGCACUGGAGACGCACAAAGCAGCAGCGGGGCACGGUUGGUAAAGGGACCAGGGACCAGGCACAUAAAAAUGAUAUGAUGUGAAUUCGAGCAUUUGUAUUCAUGCGUUCGGCUGGUGCGGCUUUGGCUGCUUUUCGGUGAGUAGUGAGCGGAAUCCACCCAUCAAAUCCAAUUUUCACGAUCAGUGCGCACCAACGUUUGGAGGGACGGCGAUGAUAUAGUGACGCGGCGAGAAGGAAACGUCAACACUGACAUCAUCACAAAGUCCAGUCUGAAGCUGAAGGCAUGGACAUGUUCGCUGGCAGCGGUGCGUUCCUUUCCAUCACCCUGUGUGCGACACGUGAGUAAGGCGGUGAAAACACCCCAGUGGGAAAGCGAAACAGCGUUGCGAGCCGCGUUCAACCCAGCAAGGCGGAAAAGCCAAGCUAGGGAUCGGGACAAGGGCGUACUACAAGCGCAAAUCAUCGCACAGAGCACACGAGGACACCCCGAAAAGAGAUUCUUCUACAUCUACGCUGCCCUCUCUACGCGCUGACCGAACGAUUUCCGGUGCGGGAGCUUCCCUGGUCCGUUCGGACCACGCGGGAAGGGGAAGCUGUUCAACCGAGGAAACAGAGACAUCAAAAAAAAAAAAAAAAACGGCCCCGGCGGAAGCUUGUCGCUGAAGGAUUAGUGCAGAAAAUAGAACUGGUGAGCAGUGGAUGAACUUCAGCCGCCGUGGAAAACGGGGUGGGGAGAGGGACCUACGGGAGGGAACAAACGUUAUCUACAUGCCAACGAACCGGCCAACGCGUCCUGCAGAAAACCCGUGACCAUGACCGAAGCAGCGUCCCUAAGCACACGGACUUCUACAUCUAGCACCACUGGCAGCACUCGUCAUUAGCCCCAGGGACCCAGGAGGACGUUUGGAAGGGGGAACGCAUCCGGCAUACGAAGCGACAAAGUAAUAGGUUUUGUCCGAAAGCGAAACCAUUGGAGAAUUUCGCAGUAUCUUCAAGUUCGCCCCUGUCUCCUGCCGCAUCACCAUUGUUUCUGUUAGAGAGAGAGAGAGAGAGAAAGAGUGGGUCUGUGUGUGUGUGGUGAGCUGGAAAGCCAGGCUUUAAUUCCAGGCUCUGGUCGGCACUUGACGGAACUUUAUUUAACCAUCUCGCCAUUCCAUUGGUGAAGGAGUGUCCGCCGUACAAAGAAGCAAGCGGAUCGGGCAGUGAGAAAAGCUUCCAUUCCCUUGGGAGUGGCAGAAAGUGGAAAGUUUCUCCACACACACACACUCUAAAAAAAGGGGGCGAAAAACGGGACCAUCAAGAAUUAAAGCAAAGAAGAAAAGGAUCCUUUGGCAAAUGCGGUCGAAUAUGCAAACAUAC